AUGGUCCCCGUCCUGGAGGCCGCCAAGCAGGUGCACGACUCGCUGCGAGACAGCUGCCCCGGCCUGGACGAGGUCAUCCCGUUGACGCAUCAGGAUAUGGCAGAGGACGUGGAGAUGGCCAAGAUGGGGCUAUUUCCUGUGAUUAUUGGCGGCCAUGAUCAUGAAUUGAUCAACGAGGUCCAUGGCCCCUGGGGCACCCCCGUCGUCAAGGCUGGCUCCGACAGCACGAGUGCCGCCGUGGUAGACCUCGAUUGGCCAGAGGACCCCAAGGGGAAGCCUCGGGUGACCGUUGCCCUCAAGGAGGUGUCGAACUAUCCUCCCGACGAGGAGUUUGCGAAGUUGGUGCGCAGGAUACUGCGGCCCGUGCGCGAGCUGGAGUCUGCGACGCUCUACGUCCUCCAGCGCGGCGAGGCCCUGUCGUCCGUGGGCGUGAACGUCGCCCCGUCCACCAUGGCCACGUGCUUGGCCACCGCUGUCAGGGACGUGCUGCAGGCGGACGCCGCGGUGCUCAACUCGGGGGCGGUGCGGGGCAGCAAGGUGUACUCGCACAGCGUGUCCUUCGGCGACUUGAAGAGCGAGUGCCCGUACCCUACGCCCAUGAUAAUCGUGCCCAUGCCGUUCGCCAUCCUGCGAGAAGCCGUGGGGCAGUCUCGCGCAGCUUGGCCUGCGAAGACGCCCUCCUCGCUGCAGGUAGACUCCGGCAUCCACGUGGGCGGCGACGGCUACCCCACCACCGUGGGGGGGUCCGAGCCGAGGCCCGACAGGCUGUACACGGUCGCCUGCGACGUGCGCGUCCUCGGCAGGAACGGCGUGUUCAGCGAGUAUUGCAGGCGGCACCCCGCGAGGAUACCCCCCGCCGACGCGGGACGCCCUCUGCUUCCCAUCUUGGUGGAGUUCUUCUGCGGGCUGAUGUGGGCGAGCCUCCUCGAGAAGGCAACCACCGCCAAUCUGCGGAGCACGGUCAGCAUCCAGGCCAACCAGCCUGAGGUGGACCUCACUCAGUUGCGCCAGAAGAGCAUCGACAAGUUCGUUCACAUGUUGGACAAGAACGACGAUGGAAGAAUAUCUCUCGAGGAGAUCCGCGAGUGCGCGGAGGAGUACUUGGGCGAAGAGAUGUCCUCCGGCGUCAUCCUCCAGCAGAUGCUUUCCAUGUUGGACAAGGACGGCGAUGGCAUCCUGACAACCAAUGAGUUGCGGAGCGGACUGAUUGGAGUGCUCAAUGGCCAUUGA